AGGACUGGUCUGCCGGGAUGUUUUGGCAUCUUCAUCACUGCCAUGAGUUAGCAACAGUUAUCUCCCCGAGCAUCACUUCCUAGAGGAGCCCAGCCGGCACUGGGAAGGUUCUGGAAUGCUGGGGCAGAGCGGCAGGAACGCCUCAGACGGGAUCCAGCCUUGAUGCCGGUGCCAGUAUCAACCACCGAGCCUGGCAAACCCCGGCGAUGGUGAAACCGAGGCAUGGGAAAGGUCAAGUGCCUCGCCCGAGGCGGAGAGGCGCUCCCGGAGCCGGGAUUAACACCCUGCCCGCCCGCCGGGCAAUCCAGCGCGGGGUCCCUUCGCACGGCACCGCUCAUUAGCAUCGCUCAUUAGCACCGCUCAUUAGCAUCACCUCCGAGGAGCCGGGAAGAGCUGCAGCAGCCGCUGGAGCUGGGAGAGGCCACUCCCAGGACCUGCCUCUCUGCCACGGGGAAACUAUUUAGGGUGGAGGAGCUCGGGGAGGGCUGCAGACGCUGGAGGUGUCCGCUCUGUUAUACCGCAGGUGGGGCCAACUCCAGCCGCAUUCUUGGCUUUGCUCUUUCUAUUUAUUUAUUUUUUUAUUUUUUUUUUUAUUUUGGGAAAAUUCCAAAUGAUCCAGAGAUGAGCCAGGCCAGGCCUCGCUAUGCCAUCGAACGCCCUGCCUACUCCGUCAGCCUCUUUGAUGAGGAGUUUGAGAAGAAAACCAGAACUUACCCCGUCGGGGAGAAACUGAGAAACCUUUUCAGAUGUUCAGCUUCCAGGUUCAAGCUCACUCUCUUCCGCCUGUUCCCGAUCCUGGCGUGGCUCCCCAAGUACAAAAUCAAGGAUUACGUCCUGCCCGACGUCCUGGGCGGGCUCAGUGCAGGGACAAUCCAAGUGCCACAAGGGAUGGCCUUCGCCCUCCUGGCCAAUCUGCCUCCUGUCAACGGGCUCUACUCCUCCUUCUUCCCCCUGCUCCCCUACUUCUUCCUGGGGGGCAUCCAUCAGAUGGUGCCAGGGACUUUUGCUGUCAUCAGCAUCAUUGUUGGCAACAUCUGCAAUGAGCUGGCUCCGGAGUCGGCCUUCCAGUACUUCAACCACACCACCAACGAGACCAGCGUGAACACCUCGGCCCUGGAGGCAGCCAGGCUGGAGAUCUCUGCCACCCUGGCCUGCCUGACUGCCAUCAUCCAGCUAUGCCUGGGCUUCCUGCAGUUUGGCUUCGUGGCCAUCUACCUGUCCGAGUCCUUCAUCAGGGGCUUCAUGACGGCGGCGGGGCUGCAGAUCCUCAUCUCCGUGCUCAAGUACGUCUUCGGCUUGGCGGUCCCGUCUUACACCGGGCCCUUAGCUAUCGUCUACACAUUCAUUGACAUUUGUAAAGGUCUGCCCCAAACCAACCUGGCCUCCCUGGUCUACGCCUUGGUCAGUGCCGUGCUCCUGAUCGUUGUCAAGGAGCUCAACCUGAAGUACAUGCAGAGGAUCCGGAUGCCCAUCCCGAUGGAGAUCAUCAUCGUGAUCGUGGCCACCGCCAUCUCCGGCAGCUUCAACAUGCCCGACAAGUACGGGAUGCCCAUAGUGGGGAAGAUCAGCAUGGGGUUCCCAGAGCCCACCCUGCCCCUGGCCAGCAAGUGGAAGGACAUGGUGGGCACGGCUUUCUCCCUCGCCAUCGUGGGCUACGUGAUCAACCUGGCCAUGGGGAGGACGCUGGCGGCCAAGCACGGCUACGACGUGGACCCCAACCAGGAAAUGCUGGCCCUGGGCUGCAGCAACUUCUUCGGAUCCUUCUUCAAAAUCCACGUGAUCUGCUGUGCUCUCUCUGUCACCCUCGCCGUGGAUGGGGCAGGAGCAAAAUCUCAAGUGGCGAGUUUCUUUGUGGCUCUGGUGGUCAUGGUGACAAUGCUGUGGCUGGGAAUCUACCUGGAGCCUCUUCCCAAGUCGGUGCUGGGAGCCCUCAUCGCUGUCAACCUCAAAAACUCCCUCAAGCAGCUGGCUGACCCCUUCUACCUGUGGAAGAAGAGCAAGCUGGACUGUCUGGUGUGGCUCGUGAGCUUCCUCUCCGCUUUCUUCCUGAGCCUCCCCUACGGCGUGGCGGUGGGCGUGGGCUUCUCCGUGCUCGUCGUGGUUUUCCACACCCAGUUCCGCAACGGCUCCGCCCUGGGCCAGGUGACCUCCACUGACAUCUACAAAAACCCCAAAACCUACAACAAGGUCCAUGAAGUUAAUGGGAUUAAAAUCAUCACCUACUGCUCGCCGCUCUAUUUCGCCAACUCGGAGAUUUUCCGGGAGAAAAUUAUAGCCAAGACAGGGGUGGAUCCUGGCAAGGUGUACCUGGCCAGGAGGAAAUUUGUGAAACAGCAGGCGAAGGGCACAGCACAACCACCAGCAAAGCUCCCAAAAUUCCUGCUGAAGGAGAACAAGACCUUGUCUUUACAAGAGCUCCAGAAGGACUUUGAGAGCUCCUCCCCGACAGACACCAACAACAACCAGACCACUGCAAACGGCGCCAGCAUCUCCUACAUCGCAUUCCAGCCCCCUGCCCUGGGGGCUGGGCCGGGGCAGAGCCCCGGGGAGAGGGGCAGCAGCACCGCCCUGCAGGGCAGCACCCUCAGCAUCGCACCCACGGCACAGCCCGACCCCGUGCUGGCAGCACCGCCCCACCUGAGCUUCCACACCAUCAUCCUGGACAUGAGCGGGGUGUGCUUUGUGGACCUGAUGGGCACAAAGGCGCUGAGCAAGUUGUGUUCCAGUUACCAGAAGAUCGGGAUUAAAGUGUUCUUGGCAAAUGUGCAUGCCCAGGUGUACAACGACAUCAGCACGGGGGGAGUCUUUGAGGAAGGAGGUCUGGACCGAAGUCACAUCUUCCUGACCAUCCACGAUGCUGUUCUCUUUGCACUGGCCAGUAUCAGGGAAUUUGUCCACCCGCCCACCUUGGAAGAGAGGCCGACCCAGACAGAGCUCUCCAUCUAUGAUGAGUCUGUGGAUGAGAGCACUGCAGAGUACAAGAACCUGGAGGAGGAGAUGUUUGGAAGCAUGUUCCACUCAGAGACCCAGACAGCUCUGUGAGCACCUGGCAAACAAACCCUCCAGAAGAGCGUCCUCUCUCCCACCCCUCCGUGGAGAGCUGUGCUCCUGCCCGGGGAUGCAGCGGGUUUGCAAAGAGGCCACCACCCUCCAGACCUGCCCAACGCCUCCCUGCUCUGCUGGAGGAGCACAGGACUCUGGAGACUCUGGAGCAGGGGAAGCAGGAGCUCAGGAGAUGCCACCUCACGGGUUGAGAAGUGGAGCUCUGUGGGAGGCAGGGGCCUGAACCCAGGGGACAUCCAGCCACCCCUUUGUCCCUCACACCCUCCUGGAAUUGCAUAACCCGGGCAUCCUGCUCCUUCCCUUCCCCUCCUCCCUCUUUCCCCGAGGAAAUGAAACAAAGCAAACACGAGAAGCCUUCCAGGGCUUGUCCUCUCGAGCAGCAGUGGCUCUGCCCGGUGCUGCUGCUCUCUGACCUGCACUGACCCCGGGGGUGGCUGUGCCUGCAGCCCCCCGAUUCCCCUGCCUGUCCCUGCAGCCUCUGCCUCUCCUCUCCUGUGUCCCAGCACCCCAAAAAACUCUGCCUCCAACCAGUGCUGGCUUUCUGACACCUCAAAGAUCUCAGGACUCUCUCAGCAGGGCUAAAUUCUGAAAUAUAUAUAUUAUUUUCUUACUAAUAGGACAGGUUUGUACUCAGAAAUAAGAAUUCCUUGUUAUGUGCAUGUUGUCCUGCCUGCCCGGUGGGUUGAGUACAUGAAAACAGAUUAUAUUUUAAAACGCUAUUUCUAUUUUAAUACUCUAAAAUAUUACAAAUAUAAGCAAGCUUUAGUGUACGGUUUUUGAAGUACACAGACAUCAGUGAGCUGAUUCCUGAAAGCUUCCUGGGAAGAGAAUGUGGGGCUUUCCCAUUUUUAAGGAAAAUAGAGCUUCCUGAACCAUCCUUGCUAGACAAUCACCAAAGGAAACAACAGCAGCACCCUGCCAGUUUGGUUUUAUGUAACAUCUCAAUAACCAAGUCACCAUUUCUCUACCUCAAUUUCUGAUUAUGUGGUGCAGGAGAGAAUAAUAAAACCAAAGGAGGGCAGAAAACCCCACUAGCUGAUGGUUAUUACUUAUUUUAAUCUUAGACAGCAGUGGUUUCUCCAGAAAUCUCCAUGUAUAACUUGUUCUACAGGAUAAAAUCAAGAGACUAAGUCUCUUAAAUUAUCCUUGAGGGUGAUUCCUCAUGGUCUUUUGUACUGCCUGAGUGCUCCUUUCAUUUGCUGGUUUGAAAAAAGAAAAGCAACAAAGAAAUUGGUGCAGAGCAAUAAGAAACUGUCCUGAUCAAUAUUUUUGCAUCUCCAAGGUGGCAUCAGAUUAAAAGAGGGAAGUUCCAGUUCCCAGCUCUUUAUUCAGGAUUUAUUACAGGAGGUAACAAGAAAUGGGAUGGGAUGUCAGGAGAAAUGGCUCAGAAACAGCAGCAGUGGCUCUCCUGCAAACCAUGACCCAGGCAGGAGAAAAACCCAUUUCUGUAGCCAAAUUCUGGGUCAGUUCUGGCAAUAAAUGUAACACCAGCAGGCAAAUGGCACUGCUGGAGGCACAGUGUGGCCAAAGUCAUCAUUCCCAAGUGCCUGGGCAGAGAAUUAGGGGAGCUCAAAGUCACGCUGGUGAAAUAUUUUCACUUCCAGUAGAAUAUUCCCUUUAUUGUUCUUAAGUAACAGUGAGGUUGAUGUUUCUUUGGCUCUGAAGCCUUACUUGGUAAAUGCAUGAUGUAUAACCAGCUAAGAAAUGUUUGUAAUUUAUUUAAUUUAAUGUUGGUUUCGUUCCUUGUUUUUGAUAAUAAAGAAUGUGUGAACAAUCAUUGUCAUCUUCUGCUGACUCAAGGGCAGGAUUUCCAUUCCUGUUCCCAUCUGGUCUUUGGCAUCCUUGGAUAGUUCAUGCCAUAAAGCUGGGAUAAAUCUUCACAUUCAGUUCAGAACAGCUGUAAAGAAGGGAAUAAGAAGUGUUUCGUUGUGCUAGCUGGUGGAAUCAAGGAAAGAAGUGACAUAAUCUCAGAAGCAGGUGGGUUUAAAGUCUGUCAGGAGUGGGGCUGCACAACGCAGACUCCCUGGGCUGUCCCUUGGCCAGCCCUGGCAUCCUUCUGCCCUACUUGUGCCCCAGUGAGCCUGGGGGUGGUUAUUCCCCACUCCUUUCACCCCCAUUCUUUUGGGAGCAGCACCCCAAGAUAAUGGGAAGAAAUUCUCCCCUGUGACGGUGAGGAGGUUGCCCAGAGCAGCUGUGGCAAUCCCACCCCUGGAAUUGUCCAAGGCCAGGUUGGACAGGACUUGGAGGACCCCGGGACAGCAGAAGGUGUCCCUGUCGAUGGCAGGGGUGGAAUGGGAUGGGAUUUAAGAUCCUUUCCAACACAAACCAUUCCCUAACUCCGCGCUUCCCUCAGCCGCCGCCAUGCCCGCUGCAAACUACAUCUCCCAGCACCCCCCGCGAG